AUGUUGCGGCUUAUCAACUACGAAGUGACGGAGACUGAGAAGAAAGUUGAAAAGAGUGGCACAAGCCCAGACUGUGAGGCCGGCAACAUCUUCUCCGGAGGUUCAGGUGUAGAGAAGACGGUGGGCCUCUUCCAGCUCAGCCCCGAAGCUUCACGUGAGGACGGGUUUUGCAGACGGGAAAACCCCAACAUCGACUCCUUCCAAGACAUCGCCGAGUCGCGCGCGCUGCGCGAGGUGGUGACGGAGGUGCUGACGAACCACUGCGUGUACGGUGCGCUCAGAGGAGCCACAAGAAGCGUUUGCUCUUCCAUCGCCGAUCUGGCAUUUGCAGUCAUCAAGAGGCUUGGAGAGGCCCGGAAGCGGCAGGUGAAGACUGUGGUGGUCGACCGGAAAGGCGUGGGUGAGGCUGCCACCGGCGUGGCGGCAGGCUUUCUUCCGCGCGAGUUUCACAACGGUCUGGACGAUCAGCUCCACGACAGAGGCUUCCUGGAAAUGCGUAAAUUGGCUGCCGAGCUGGAACUCAAGUCUUACAAGCCCCUUCCCGGCUGGCUGGUGAGGCCCGACUCCAGCGCUGGGGCGCCGGCCGGCACCGCUCCGUGGCUCGAUGGCGAGGUCAGCAUCACCCAAGAGAUUGGCGAGGCCGCGCAAGUGGACCCCUCAGAGCUGACUUCGGCGCUCUUUGGCGCUUCAGGAGCAGAGCUCCGGCCCGGUGCCGUGCGAGGCAUCGAAGAAGCCAGCGACUGGGGCAACCAUCGCUUGACUGGAAUCCACAUUGAUGACGACGUCGAGCGGUGCGACGUGGCGGUCGUCGCCAUGGGUCCAUGGUCGGUGUUGGCGGAGGACUGGUUCCACGGCUUUCGCGUGCCGCUCCUUGGAACUCUGGGCUCGAUGGCCUUCUAUGAUCGGCCUGCCGGCAGCGUGCACAGCGCCAUCGCCAUCUCUCAGCAGGAUGACGAGGGCCGCGAUCUCAUGGUCACUGCUCGAGCUGAUGGGCAGGUCAGCUGCCUCGGGGUGCAGGGCGGACACAAGGUGCUGACUGGUCAGGACCUUCGACAACUCAACCCUGAGGAUGUGCUUCCUGUCCAAGAGGAUCUUGAGGCUGGUCGCAGUGCCUUCGAGCGAUUGUCGUCGCUGACUCGCGGUGAGGCGCCGAAGUCGACAGGAGCGGGUGUGCGCUCCGUCAUGACGAACCGCGCACCGAUGAUUGGACGAAUUCCAGGCUACGGGGGCACGGCUUACGUCGCCUGUGGCCACAACGCGUACGGGAUUCUUUGUGGUCCCAUCACAGGCAAGGCACUUGCCGAGGAGAUCCUGGAUGGGCAUUCCACCUGCGUGGACCUGACACCCUUCGAUCCUGCGCGACAUCAGCUUUGGUGA